CUUACAGGCGUGAUCUUGAAAGUUAAGUCUCCAACCCCAGUGAAUUUUCUGCACCUUAAUCUCUUCAGACUCUUCCUUGGGGAUCUUUUUUUUUUUCUUUCCAUAGCAGUGAUCAGUAUGUGAAAUAACCUUAUUUAUUUAUACUUUAAGCCUUGCUUAUUGUCUGCUGUUAGAAUGUAAGCUUCCCAGGGCCAUGUUUUCCCCACACACUGUGUGUGCACCACUGUGUCAAGCGUCUAGGGCACAAGCAGGCCCUAAACACUAGUUGCUGAAAUGAAUGAAUGGAAGAGGCACACCUUGUACUGGCUCCCUGGUUCAGAAUCUCUCAACAACUUGUAAUACACACUUCCGAGCAGCGGCUCCGGACGUGCCCCCUAGGCCCCGCCCCUCCCGGCGCGCUCCUGCGGCCAGGCAGGAGCGAGCGCCCCGCGGACGUGGCGGCGGACACUAUGCGACAACCCGCGGUACGGCUAGUGUGGAUGGGUCGGGUGUCGUAUGCUGAGCUGCUGGCGCUGCAGGAACGCUGGCUGCGGCGGCUGCAGGCGGAACCAGGCACCGACGCCCUGUCGGGUACUGACGCGGGCGCGCUCCUGCUCUGCGAGCCCGCAGGGCCUGUGUACACGGCCGGGCUGCGCGGUGGCCUGACACCCGAAGAGACGUCACGGCUGCGGGCCUUGGGCGCCGAGGUGCGCGCCACAGGCCGCGGCGGCCUGGCCACCUUCCACGGCCCCGGCCAGCUGCUCUGCCACCCGGUGCUCGACCUACGGCGCUUGGGCCUGCGCCUGCGCACCCACGUGGCGGCGCUGGAGGCGUGCGCCGUGCGUCUCUGCGAGCUCCAGGGUCUGCAGGGCGCCCGCGCACGGCCCCCGCCCUACACAGGCGUCUGGCUGGGCGAGCGCAAGAUCUGCGCUAUCGGAGUCCGCUGUGGAAGGCACAUCACAUCCCACGGCCAGGCUCUGAACUGUUCUACAGACCUCACGUGGUUUGAGCACAUUGUGCCCUGCGGACUAGUUGGGACAGGCGUCACUUCCCUGAGUAAGGAACUCCAGAGGCAUGUCACUGUGGAUGAAGUAAUACCAUCUUUUCUUGAGGCUUUUAAAGAGACCUACAAGUGCACCUUGAUCUCAGAGGACAGUCCCAACUGAAGAGUGUUCAUGUUAUCACAGCUGGAGGUCCUACCUUGGAAAGCACCAAGGCUGACUUGGAGUCACUUAAACCCAGAUUCUAGAUUUGGCCCUGUCAUUCACUCACCAUGAGACUGUGGGUAAAUCAAGAAAUCUUAGCCAUUGUUUACAUAUAUAACCUGGUUUAUUUAUAUCUUGCCCACCUACCUCAGAUACAGUGGAUCUGAAAGUAACAUGCUAUAUAAAUAUAAGGCAUUAGCACUACUAUUAAUAACCAUUUUCUAAGCUUAGAGAAACUCAGAUGUCAUAGGAUAUCAUUUCUCAAUUACUUACUACUUCCUCAAUAUUGUAUUUAAUUGGGCAACUCUGGGCUCCAGAUCCUUUCAUUUUGUAGGAAUCAUGUCUCAGGAUGGCCCAGGUGAAGGGAAUAUAAUGUGAUACUUUCUGCAAUAAAAGGAAAGAAGAAAAGCCUCUUUAAAGAAUAAAAUGGAGUCCUGUCUUACUGUCUUACAAGCCUGAUAGCUAUCUUUAGCUAAAUUACCUGAUGUGGGCCAGAGACUGGGGAGGAAGACAAGAAUAAUUUCUCACACUACAAAUGCCAAAGAUAGAAGUAGGUUUUUCUUAUAUGAGAGCUCUUAAGUAUACAAGGCUGUGUACUAAUU